AUGGUGAUCUCGUCUGCUUCAUCAAAGUCUACCUCGGACUUGGGUCUUCUGGUGUUCGACGGAAAGAAGUCCUCGUUUCGUGUGUGGUCCCAAAGCUUUGUUAGCUACCUGGAGGGAAUGACCCUUGAGAUGGUUGGUAACUACUUAAAGGAACCAAAAUCAUUGCCCGAGCCUCAAAUCAAAUAUGAGGACUGGUUGCAUUGCGAGCCGCCGAUUAUCUCGACUGGCAAUGAAGCGCAUGACCGGUGGCACUUGUACAAUCGGAAGAGAACAGAGCAAAAGCCUUUUGACAACAUCCAGUCAUGGUUUGGCGAGAUGAAGUCCCUCAAGAACCUGAUCAAUGCCCAAUCUCGUCAACACCUUGGUCGCGACACCAAUCAAGGCAAGCGUCAUGACACCGGAAAGGCGUUUUCCAAGGCAACUUCAAAGAGCCGCAAGUGCUUCUACUGUGAAGGCAAAUACAACGUCAACGGCGUGGACCACAUGAAGUGGGAUUGCCCUAAGCGCCAGGAUGACUUUCGGCGAGGCUGGGCGCGAAGUUCGAUUUUCGAAGACCCGCGGCGAAUCGAAGAUGCGGUGCCCAAGGGUCGUGAUGUUCGCACCGAAGUGGCCUGCGGCGCCGUCGUGAGGCGUGAAGAAGUGGCGUUGUCUACAUCGCCUCCAAGCCGUCAAGAAUUUGACCUGCCGGGCAUGUCUAUGGACGACAUGUUUUCGUGUCCUGAUGAUAGCAAUUUGCUGUCCUACUCGCCCGCGUUGGCUGUGGACACGACGUCCACUCCUCGUGUCGAGACGAUGGCGGCAUCCAUGCCUGACCUAUCCGUAAAGAAGGACCAGUCGUGA